AUGACGUUGUUCAGCGUGCGAAUAGAGAUGAAGCCCGGUGUCUUGAUGCCAAUUGGCCCGGUGAAGGGUCUGAAGUGCCCGAUAGCGAAUUGCCUGCCGCCAUCCGGACCGUACUACGACGAGUUCAUUCUCGAAAGUACCUUCGGCGAAGCCAUGUUCAACGUGUACGCCAACGGCGAGAUCCGCGUGUGUAUUAUCUGCUGGGGGCCCAAGCAUGAAGACAGCCACAAGAGGUGCAAGAGGAAGUGUCGAGUUUGCGGAACUUGUGACCAUCCGGGGCAGACAUGUGGUCAGAUAUAUGCGAGGAUGUCGUGGUGGAAGGCUCGCGGCCACAAGGUGGUCAAGACACAGCAUAUCCGCCCCGGUGUUGGCGAAUUCGUCUACCUAGUCAAAGCCGGACUCGUGCACAACUUCCGAAAGUUUACGGACGUUGUCAACGUAAACGAAGACCAUCCGCUCGUACGCGAGCUCUUCCGCACGACCUCGAUGCCACUAUAUACACCAGGAAGGACUGUCUGGCCCAAGUCAGGGAAGGGUCAAAAGCAGUCAAGGCCAAGCGUUGAAGGGCUUUCAAAUCCUGAGGGCAUUGUUUCGCAUGUGCCGGAAGAUGUGCAGGAAGCGCAAAAGCCGGUAUACAGCUCCAAGCCCAGCAACAGGGGCCCCAACCACAGCGUGGAUUCCAGUCGUGAUCCUAGGCUUAUGACUCGACGCGUGGUAGAUGAAGAGGAUGGGGUACUUGGUGGUGAAAUUGCACCGAUUGUCGAUCAGCCAGUGACACAUAACUCUGGCGGUGGCGAUAUUGCAGCGAGCGCCUCUGAACAAGACACAUCGCACCAGUCUGAGCGGAACCGCUUCCUGGAGGCAGAGAACAGGCGCCUAGUUGAAGAACUUCGGCAAGCUCGCAUUGAGUUGGUUGCAAAAGACGCUCGCAUUGCUGAGUUGACGGGUGACGGCGUUCCAACGGGCACAAAGCGUCCCAGGACCUGA